AUGACAGCUGCACAACAACCUCAGCUUAUUUUAUUAUUUAGUGGGAAAAGGAAAUCAGGGAAGGACUAUGUGACUGAUUUAAUUCAAAACAGACUGGGAUCAAAGGUGUGUUGUAUUCUUCGGCUGUCUGGACCCCUCAAAGAACAAUAUGCACAGGAACACAGUCUGGACUAUGAGGAGCUGCUUGGAGCGGGGGACUAUAAGGAGAAGCAUCGGGCGGAGAUGAUCCACUGGGGGGAGAACAGGAGAGAGAAGGACCCGGGCUUCUUCUGUCGUAUGGCAGUACACAGAGCCUCCCAGCCUGUGUGGAUUGUGAGUGACUGCAGGCGGAUGUCUGAUCUGCAGUGGUUCUGGAGCGAGUACCCACAGCAGUGUGUGACUGUCAGAGUGGAGGCUUCAGAGCAAACCAGAGCUCAAAGGGGUUGGAGAUUCACAGCAGGAGUGGAUGAUGCCGAGUCUGAAUGUGGUCUGGACCAAGUUGCGAAUUUUGAUUGGACCAUAAAAAACGAAGGAGAUGCCACUGUUCUCGACAGACAGAUUGAAAGUCUGUUAACUUUGGCUAAAGAGAGGACACAAAAUGACCAAAGCACACAAGACAGCAUCAGAUUAAAUGGACGAUGAAGAUGAGACAUCCUGGUGGGGGGAAAAGGCAUUGCUUUCGACACCUCAAAACAUUAUGGACAGUAUUCUGAUUUCAGGUCCAGCGCCACCUGGAAACACAUGGACAACUCGCACACACUCACAACCAACUUUGGUCAAUUUACAUCAGCCAAUCCACCUUCUGCAUGUUUUUGGAAGGCUGGGCAGAAUUCAGAAACCAGAGAAAAAUGAAAGAACAUGUAAAGCUAGAGGAACAAACUGAGGUUUCCAGGACCAGGCUGCUUUGUGGCCUCCAGUUUACAAGCUGUGCCAAGUCGCUCAGAUAGAAUUUUCAGUUUAAAUGUUGAACAGGUUCGUCUGGUUUUACAUUUAAAAUGUCUCAAAUGUUUAGACUAAGUAUUUUACACGUAAUUGCUGCUCUGGAAUUGUGUUGUACAUGAACUAUAAAUAAAUAUA